UGCAUUAAGGAAGAAAAGCAGCAGAUGAAAGCAACACCUUUGGCCAGACUGCUUUAAUAAUACAUAUACUGUACAUUUAUUUCAUUCUUAUCUAGAUUUUGCAUCUUUUACCACCAGUGGCUUCAGUCAAACUCACCAUGUCAUCGAUUUCCUUCUUAAUCCUGGGUUUGUUUGUGGCAUCUGUUGGAACAGAUGAGCCGACAACAGAUGGAGAGUCUAAUACAGUUUUACUGAAUGAAAAUGUCCCCACUGAAACAACUGGCACCAUCACAAUGCCCACCAGUGCCACCAGCACCACCAGCAUCACAAAUACCUUAAGUCCCAUCAGCACCUUGAACCCCACCAGCACCACCAUCACCAUCACACCCUCAACCACAGAGAGCAAAGGUGAUGAAAGUUUAUCCUCGACCACACCUAAACCCAUGGAUUCUUCAAAAACUACAAAAGCCACCAUCGUUACCAAGAGCACCACUCCACAGCCAUUAUCUGAAACAGGUGACAACACUGGCAUCAUCAUCCUCAUCGUGAUCAUCAUUGUAGCUCUUGCAUUUGGAGUUGCUUGUUAUGUGGUUCAGAAGAGAGGAAGACGCUACUCUGUUGAUUUCACUUCCAGGCCGGAUGAAGCCAACAUCCCUCUCAGCGUCAUGGACCCUGAGUUGCCUGUUGAAUCUGUACCUCAGAACGGCCUGCAAACCUUUGAACGCAUAGAAACUACAGAAAAAGAGCCACAAGAAACUGAAGCAAAACCUGAAGAAUCAGAGGAGCAGAAAGCUGAGGCUGAUAAAUCUGUUGCUGAUCCGAGCACCGAGUCUGCAGCUCCAACUCCAUCUGAAGCUCCAACUCCAUCUGAAGCUCCAACUCCAUCUGAAGCUCCAACUCCAUCUGCAGCUGUAGCUCCGUCUGCAGAGAGCUCCGAGGACAAACCCAAAACAGAUGUUGAGAAGCAGAGUCCUCCUGCACCUGUGGAGCCCAGCAGUGGAGGCAAAACUGAUGAUGAAGGCGUCAUCUCCAACAAGACCUCAGUGGAGUCGCUGAAGGAGACAAAUGAGAACAACAGCAACAAUGUUGACUUCAGCCAGAAGACAGAUAUGAUCUUCUGGGAAGUUCCUCUCAACUGUCCAGUGUGAGUCAAUAUUGUCGCCUGGAAGCUGUGCUGUUCCUCAGAAACUGGAUCCAAGAAAUAAGUCAAGAGACCCCAGAAAAAAAGGACACUUCUUGGACAAUCUAGUCCACUCCUUUCUCCAUGGUGGAAGCCACUUUAUAUUUUUUUGGAACACAGCAGUGUUUUUGGAGUUUAAUGUCAGAUGAGCUCAGCUUUCUAUCUACUAACUAAUUUCAUGUGUUGAAAAGUUUAUUAAAAAUAGUUACUAGAUGUAUAGAUUAAAUGCUAAUGUUGCUACAAUUUUACAAUAAGGUGCAUUUUCCAGCAUCAUCAUUAAUGGCCUCUUAACUACAUAAACAACAAACGUAUAAUCGUGAAUUAUUGUAAAUACAAGCAUUGGCAGUCUAUUGUAGGUUAAAUAGCUCUUUUCUGCAAACAGAUAUCCUGAAAUGUGAGCUUUAACCCUAACCCAAAACUCUUACUUUUUCUACAUUAUAGUAUUCUUUGGGAUGCAUUUGUAUGCACACAGUACAGCAAUAAUAAUCACACCAUGUAUAAACAUUUUAUUAAGGCUGUCCAAUUUAAAUGAUUAUUCUUGCAUCGAUUUUUAAUACAUGUUUUGUAGAUGCUGCAUUUCACUCUUUCAUCUCAUCAUUUGGUACCGUUAAAGUUUCUAUUAUGCUAAUUGCUAUAAUGUGAAUGUCAUCUGAAUGUAUCAAAUAAAAAUAACAUAACUUUG